AUGUCGCAAAAUAGGGAGCAGGUUUUUCCUACUCGUAUGACGCUGGGACUCAUGAAGUCCAAGCUCAAGGGAGCUAACCAGGGCCACUCACUUUUGAAACGUAAAUCGGAGGCCUUAACCAAGAGAUUUCGUGAUAUUACGAGACGUAUCGAUGAGGCGAAACAGAAAAUGGGGCGCGUGAUGCAAACCGCUGCGUUUUCACUUGCAGAAGUGAGCUAUGCCACGGGAGAGAACAUUGGCUAUCAGGUGCAAGAAAACGUGUCGAAUGCACGUUUCAAAGUGCGUGCACGCCAAGAAAAUGUCAGUGGUGUUUACCUUCCACAAUUUGAGAGUUACGUGGACUCUGAGAUCAAUGAUUUUAAGUUGACAGGUCUCGGACGUGGUGGACAGCAAGUGCAACGUGCCAAAGAAAUUUAUUCGAAAGCAGUUGAGAUGUUGGUCGAACUUGCCUCGCUUCAAACUGCGUUUGUGAUUCUCGACGAGGUCAUCAAGGUUACCAACAGAAGAGUCAACGCUAUCGAACACGUCAUCAUCCCAAGAACCGAAAAUACGAUAGCGUACAUCAACAGUGAGCUGGACGAGUUGGACAGAGAAGAAUUUUAUAGAUUGAAAAAAGUUCAAGAGAAGAAACAACAACAGACAGCAGCACUAGACGCGCAACUGAAGCUGCAGAAACAGCAAGAAUUGCUGCAAAAGCAGAAGGAAGAAGCCAAUGCAAGCACUAAGGAGGAGUCGAACUCUGGAUACGGCGAAAAGGCCCCCGAGGACUCUUCCGCAGCGGAAAAACAAGAAGAUGAGUCAUCAAAAACUGACGUUCUUGCGGAACAAGAGGACGAUGUGAUCUUUUAG